AUGAAGACGACCUGGAAGGACAUCCCCCCGGUGCCUACUCAGCAGGAGUUUCUGGAUAUUGUUCUGAGCCGGACCCAGCGCAAGCUGCCAACGCAGAUUCGCGCCGGUUUCAAGAUCAGCCGUAUUCGAGCUUUCUACACUCGAAAGGUCAAGUUCACACAAGAGACCUUCUCAGAGAAGUUCGGCGCCAUCCUCGAGAGUUUCCCUCGUCUGCAGGACAUCCACCCUUUCCACAAGGAUCUCCUCAACACCCUCUACGAUGCCGACCAUUUCAGAAUCGCCCUCGGUCAGAUGUCCACCGCCAAGCAUCUGAUUGAGACCAUCUCCCGCGAUUAUGUCCGUCUCCUCAAGUACGGCCAGUCUCUGUUCCAGUGCAAGCAGCUCAAGAGGGCCGCUCUCGGUCGCAUGGCCACCCUCAUUAAGCGACUCAAGGACCCUCUCAUGUACCUCGAUCAGGUCCGCCAGCAUCUCGGACGUCUGCCCUCGAUCGACCCCAACACCCGAACACUGCUUAUCUGCGGUUACCCCAAUGUCGGAAAGUCUAGUUUCCUCAAGAGCGUUACUCGCGCCGAUGUCGAUGUUCAGCCCUAUGCUUUCACCACAAAGAGUCUGUUUGUCGGUCACUUCGACUACAAGUAUCUCCGCUUCCAAGCUAUCGAUACCCCCGGUAUUUUGGAUCACCCUCUAGAGGAGAUGAACACUAUUGAGAUGCAAAGUAUUACUGCCAUCGCCCAUUUGAGAUCCGCCAUUAUGUACUUUAUGGAUCUUUCAGAGCAGUGCGGAUAUACAGUUAGCGCCCAGAUUGCUCUCUUCAAGAGCAUCAAGCCUCUGUUCUCCAACAAGCUUGUCUUUGUUGUUGUCAACAAGAUUGAUGUCACCCGACCCGAGGACCUCGAGCCCGAGCUUCAGGCUGAGCUCCAAAGCAUCCUCAAGUCUGGUGAGGUCGAGAUGCUCCAAUUGUCCUGCAACACUCAGGAGGGUGUUCAGGAGGUCAAGAAUGCAGCUUGUGAGCGCUUGAUCGCUGAGCGUGUUAACCAGAAGCUCAAGGCUGGUACCAACAGCAGCGGAAACAUUGGUGGCCGUCUGGCUGAUGUUAUGUCCCGUAUUCACGUUGCUCAGCCCAUGGGUGGUCAGACUCUUGAGACUUUCAUCCCCGAGGGUGUCAAGGACCGCAAGAAGUAUGACAAGACAGACCCCGAGCGCCGAAGACUUGCUCGUGAUGAGGAGGAGGAGAACGGUGGUGCUGGUGUCUUCAACGUCGACAUGAAGGCUGACUACAUGCUCGCCAACCCCGAGUGGAAGUACGACAAGAUCCCCGAGAUCUACGAUGGCAAGAACGUCUACGACUUUAUCGAUCCCGAUAUUGAGGCUAAGCUUCAAGCUCUCGAGGAAGAGGAGGAGAAGCUCGAGGCUGAGGGCUUCUACGAGUCUGAUGAGGACAUUGAGGAUGACGAGGAGGCUGAGGUCAUGCGCAAGGCGGAGCUGAUCCGCGAGAAGCAGCAGCUCAUUCGCAACGAGGCCCGCAUGAAGAAGCGUCUCAAGAACCAGGCCAUCAUCCCCCGCAAGCAGAUGAAGAAGCCCCUCUCCGAGUUCGAGGAUGCCCUCGACCAGCUCGGUGUCGACACCACCGAUAUUGCCGAGCGUGCUCGCUCAAAAUCUCGGCCUCGUGGCCGUUCCACAUCUCGCAUGGGUACCGAGGACCCCGAUGCCAUGGAUGUCGACGGUGGUCGCAGCAGCACCCCCCGCGAGCGUAUGCGCUCCAUGAGCCGACCUCGAAGCCGUGCUCCUACUGUCAACCGCCGUGACGAUGGUGUCACAGACGAGGCUACUCGAUCCAAGGCCGAUCGUAUCGCCAGGCUCAACCAGAAGCGCAUGAACCGCAUGGCCCGACAGGGAGAGGGCGAUCGACACACCACCGCUUCCAUCACCAAGCACUUGGUCGUUGGGAAGCGUGGUAUGGGCAAGACAAACCGCAGAUAG